GAUACCUCAGCCUGUCAGACUGACUGCAUAGUGAGGAUGCCGUUCAAAAGAUUCAUGCUAACAUGCAUUUCGCUCUCAUCGCAUGGAUGUAGCCCUGAGUUACGCAACAGUGGCUGAAGCUAAAGCUCAGCUUCUGAUGCAAAUGCAUCUUUCGAGCAGCGGAUGUAUUGGUAGUGUCUCACGGCGGAUGGAAUCCGAUCCUACAAGGCUGCUAUGGUCUUCGAAGGAUCCGCUGGAACCGACAAACUCAUGCUUACGAGCAUCAUAAGGCCGCCCAUAUUCGGGGUAGGGAAGCAUGUAUGUUGGGAAAUACCAAAUGUAAAAAGGAAACAAUGGCUGUGUUUGGCACUGCCCUCUACUACCGUAAAACUUGAGUCUCGAGCAGCUUUUGCUCGACUAUAAAGUUGGACAGAGUCCUCAUUCUCGGCCAUCAUCUUUCACUUCGAUACAGAAUACAACUGUCAUGGACCCACAGAACUAUCAGCCGGGCUUACUAGACAGAUUACUCGUAUGUCUGUUCCAUGUCGUCAAUUUAGUCAGGCCAUGGCACAAGCUGCCCAGUGCAAUCGGAGCUCUAAAUCUAGAUGCUCUUCGUGUCGAGCUCCGCCAAUAUAACCUUCACGAUGGAUAUGACUCUGCCACAGCACAAGGCGACACCUACAUCACUCCACUGGAGGACAAACGCUUCCUCGCUGCCAGAAACUCGGAUGGCAAAGACAACUCGCUCACUCAGCCUAAGAUGGGCUGUUCUGGAAUGCGGUUUGGUCGCAACUUUCCUCGGAAGUACUGUGAGAAACCAACUGAAGAGGAGCUGUGGACCCCGAAUCCUAGACUGGUCAGCGAGGCUUUCAUGUCCAGGAAGCCAGGAGAGUUCAAGCCAGCGACAACUUUGAAUCUGCUUGCUGCUGCUUGGAUCCAGUUCCAGGUUCAUGACUGGGUGUUUCAUGAAAGUAGCGAGGAUACAUACGAAGUGCCCCUGCUUCCGAACGAUAGCUGGCAUAACCAAAUGAAGAUCUAUCGCACAAAGCCAGAUGAGGUGCUUGAUGCAUCUGACAUAAAGUGCCCUGGUUACAAGAACACAUCUACCGCUUGGUGGGACGGUUCCCAAAUAUACGGCUCAAGCGAAACUAAGAACGAAGAGACCUUCCUACCUCGCGAUGCAGAUGGCAAUCCGAAGACAGGCUUCUCCGAUAAUUGGUGGACCGGCAUAGAACUUCUACACACGCUCUUCGCUUUGGAGCACAAUGCCGUUUGCGACAGAAUUCGUGAAGCUCAUCCUGAUUGGACCGGUGACAAGAUCUUCGACAAGGCUCGACUCGUCAACUGCGCUCUGAUGGCCAAAAUCCACACAGUAGAAUGGACGCCUGCUAUAUUGGCACAUCCUACAAUGGAAACUAGCAUGAACGCAAACUGGUGGGGCAUUGCAGGAGAGACUCUGAACAAAAUCGUUGGCAGAAUCUCGAAAACCAGCGAGGCCAUCAGCGGUAUUCCGGGCUCGACGGUGGACCACCAGGGAGUCCCUUACUCUCUUACCGAAGAGUUCGUUUCGGUGUACAGAAUGCAUUCCCUCAUACCAGAUAAUGUUGCGUUCUUCGACAUUGACGGAGGUCAGCACAGGACUACAAUCCCUGUAGCCGACAUUACCUUCAAGGAUGCAGUAAAGCCCCUCAAAACUGGCGGCGUGUCGUUCGCUGAUGCAUUCUACUCUUUCUGCAUCAACUAUCCUGGUGCCAUUACCAACAACAACUAUGCGAACCUGAUGCGGAACCUUCCGACUCCGGAUGGUCAAGUUCGUGACUUGGCCACGGUUGACAUCCUUUGUGAUCGGGAGCGUGGAGUGCCGCGUUACUGCCAGUUUAGACGACUUCUUCGUAUGUCCGUACCUAAGACAUUCGAGGAACUGACCGGUGGCAACAAGGAGCUUGCAGCGAGACUCAGUGAAGUCUACAAUGGUGAUGUCGAGACUGUGGACGCGCUUGUUGGAUCACACAGCGAGCCGACGAUCAAGGGCUUUGGCUUCAGCGAGACAGCCUUCCGCAUUUUCAUUUUAAUGGCCAGUCGCAGACUCAAGAGUGACAGAUUUAUUGCUGGACAAUAGAAUGCUGAUACUUAUACCGAGGUCGGUUUCCAUGGGGUGCAGAAUACUGGCAUGAAAGAUGUACUGGCAAGACACUUUCCCGAGCUCGUGACAGUCAUACCGCAAGACACGAAUGUGUUUGCACCUUGGGUCAAGUUGCCGGGAUCGGAAGCUUACAUGGGAGUCGAGACGAACGCUCCGAAAGUUUGAUCGAAUGGGCGCGUGGAUGUUGAUCCAGGCUUACAUUUGUAGUUCGAUGUCAGUAUGCACUCAAGUGUGAUUCAACUGAGUUGUUUAUCGUGCCAAUGUCAGAACAAACGCGGCCGAGCGUGAUGGGCGCGCAGAGAUCGAGAGUGGCGAACGAGACGGACACUCGUGUGGCUUUGACUGUCCGACAGAAUUGGCAGUCGCAGUCAGCAGCGAUG